AUGCGUCUGCGAGAGGCAUUACAGGCUCCUCGAAUGGAAUCGAAUUUUUCGGCGAUGCUUCACGCUCCGACGGUUUUACCAGCAAGGUGGUCGGAGUGUCUCAUAAAGUUCAUCGAGUAUCGAGCCAAGACCGAGUAUCAUCGCGAGCAACUUCAACCCAUACCUAGAGGCCAAACGAACGUUUCAUCAUGGAGUUUUGUUAAAAUUCCCAGUGCAGCCUGCGACACUGAACGCGAUAAUGAACGGAAAAUUUACGGGUGUACUGGUGUCGCGAUGCAGGAGGCUGACCUCGGCCACCCUAAUCCACGAAGAUUCGAAGACGCGUCAAAUCGAUGCGCCAGCACCAGCACUUCCAACGGCGUGAUUAACCUCAACGCAGACUCCGACGGGGAGUGGCUGACGUACGAAAAGCUCACGGAAAUAGCUUUCUUUCGUUCGAGGACGAAAUCACGUGCCAACGUUGCGUUGCGUAACAACCAAUCUAAAUCCGCGGACAUUGUACGACGUCAGUCGGUGAAAUUAACGAAGAGCAUUGUAUCGACGGGCGAGGCACAGCCUAUUAUCUUCGACGAACGAGCCGACGGAGACAAGGCUACUAGAGAUGUUUCGCCGUUACCGAUCAGAGAAAGUCUUUUCCCUUACGUCCCGCCGUACGUUCUCUUCCAAAGACACGAUCACACACCCAAGACACCGCCCGAAGAUUUCGCUCAACUUCUGAAAUGGAGAUUCACCACGUCCAUGCCACGGAUUUUGAUGAAGAUCUUGAUCAAUACUGGAUAUCAGAUCGUGAAUAAAGGAACCGACUGGUCUGGCGUUUGGAAUUUAUCGUGCAAAGACACGGCGAAAUAUCGAAGUAUGAAAAACUUUCAAAAGGUGAACAACAUGCCAGGAUCUCAAAAUAUCGGCAACAAAGACUUGCUGUGGACGCAUCUGAGUGGAAUGUCGCGAAAAUUCGUUCAACAGUACAACUUCAUGCCAAGAACGUACGUGUUGCCGAAGGAGAUGCAGAAAUUCGAAGGCAUGUGGAACAGGCACGGUAUGGGCACCACGUGGAUAAUUAAACCGCCGUCAGCGGGUCGUGGCCAGGGUAUCAAGAUUGUUAAUCAAUGGUGGGAGAUACCAAAAUGGCACUCGGUAAUCAUUCAACGAUAUAUCAGCAGGCCGAAACUCAUUAACGGCUUGAAAUUCGAUCUGCGAAUUUAUGUUCUCCUAACAAGCAUUAACCCGAUGAGAAUUUAUGUCUACAAAGAGGGCUUGGUUCGUUUCGCUUCGGUCAGAUACGUUCGCGGAGCAAACUUGGGCGAUAAAUACAUGCACUUAACGAACAGCAGCGUGAACAGGCAGAACCCGGCUUACAUAAUGAACGACGGAGUGAACUCGUUCAAAGGACACAAAUGGUCCUUCGCGAGUUUGUGGUCGUACCUGAGGCAGGAAAAUGUGGAUGUCACCGAUCUAUGGUGCCAGAUCAAAGAUAUCAUCGUUAAGACUUUCAUAUCCGUGGAAUCGAGCAUGAACGCGGCCAUUUCGGAGAAUCUCGUCUCGAGUUACACCUGUUACGAAUUAUACGGGUUCGACGUACUCCUCGACGAGGAUUUAAGACCGUGGUUAUUGGAAGUUAACGUUCUACCGUCACUGCGGACGGACUCGCCACUCGAUACCACCAUUAAGGGUGCUCUGAUGAAAGACGUAUUAAAUAUGGCCGGCUACCAAAUUCCCAAGAACGAGCAAAUUUCAGGCAACGGUGCGUGUAACAAAAAAUACGACACGAUCGGCCAUAAUUAUAGAUUGUACAGCACGGCCUUGAAUCUGCGCGAGAAAAUGAAGCAGAACGAGAUGAACGCGAUGGAGACUCGUGACGAGUACCUGGACGGAAUCCUGAGGAAUUUGACGAGGGACGACCUGAGGCAGCUAAUCCGCCACGAGGACGAGCUCAGCCAAGCCGACAACUUUGAGAUACUAUUCCCCACCAGCAGUUCCUAUUUGUAUUUCAAAUUCUUCGAGAUGGAGAGAUACUACGACCGAUUGCUAGACGCCUGGGAACAUCGUUACUCUGAUAACAAAACGAAAGGCAUUCGCAGGCUGCAACGGCAUUGCGAAACGAUGGAGCACUUGGAUGAAAAUUUCAAUUGA